AUGGAAAACUAUACAACAGUGACAGUGUUUAUCUUGGUAGGAUUGACAGAGGACCCAAAAUUGAAGAUUGUGCUGUUUAUCUUUCUGCUUCUCACUUACUUGCUAAGCGUCUCAGGCAACCUGAUCAUCAUUACCCUCACUUUGCUGGAUUCUCAUCUCAAGACCCCUAUGUAUUUCUUUCUUCGAAAUUUUUCCUUCUUAGAAAUUUCUUAUACAACUGUCUGUAUCCCCAAAUUGCUUGUUAGCUUGGCAACUGGUGACAAAACCAUUUCCUAUAACUGUUGUGCAGCUCAGUUAUUUUUUGCCUUCCUUCUGGGAGCAUCUGAAUUUUAUCUCCUGGCUGUCAUGUCCUAUGAUCGUUAUGUUGCCAUCUGCAAGCCUCUGCAUUAUACAACCAUCAUGAGCACCAAAAUCUGCUUCCAGCUAGUCCUUAGCUCCUGGAUGGCUGGUUUUCUCAUCAUUUUUCCAGGACUCAUCUUAGGCCUAAGCCUCGAUUUCUGUGACUCCAAUAUCAUUGAUCAUUUCUACUGUGACACUGCUCCUCUCCUGCAAAUCUCCUGCACAGAUACACAUUUGUUAGAAAUGAUGAGUUUCAUCUUAGCUUUAGUCACUCUCCUGGUCACUUUGGUAUUAGUAAUUCUAUCAUACACACAUAUUGCUCUGACAAUUUUAAAAAUCCCUUCUGCUAACCAGAGAAAAAAGGCUUUUUCCACAUGUUCUUCCCACAUGAUUGUCCUCUCUCUCUCAUACGGCAGCUGCAUUUUUAUGUACAUUAAACCCUCGGCCAAACAGAGGAUAUCCUUAAUGAAGGGAGUUUCGGUACUAAAUACCUCAGUUGCCCCACUUCUGAACCCUUUCAUUUAUACUCUGAGGAACCAGCAGGUAAAACAAGCAUUUAAGGAUUUGCUACAUAGAGUUCUAUCUUUAUUUAAGAAAUAG